AUGGCCACUGCUACAAUAAUUAAACCCACCAGCACGCCCACGCGCGAACAGCUCCUUCGCAACAUCGUUCAGAUCGUUGAAAACGAGUACAACAGCGGGAACAAAUCUGUUUCUGCGGAAAAAUACGAGGCGCUUCUAAAGUUCCAGGCCCAGCAGAAAGCAAAGAGAGAGCCACAAGAGAACGCAAAAGCAAAUAGAGACACGCGUGUGCAGAAUCCGGUAAAGAAGAACAAUUGGCUGGCUCGCACGGAAAAGCUACAACCUCCGCCGCUUCCACGGCCCCUUUAUCUGCCGUUGUUCUACAAAUUUGAAGUACCUCAAGUGGUCGACCAGUCGAAAAAGACAAGACGGCCUCUUCGAAAACAAGAUUGGUCAUUUAAGCGGAUCGAGGCGGUCGGCUUGAAUGUGAUGGAAACCAUGGCCAACGUGCUUGAUAAUCUCCAUCUCCUACUGAAGAUGCCCAUGUUUCCCCAGAAACUCAAUCGUUUGCUCCAGCACACCAAUAGCGUGUGGGUGGUGAUUUUGGUGUUUCUCAUCCGGAAGACCAUUUCGCAGCUUCUCAAUGUCUUGCGGCGGGAACGCAAGGUGAAAAACGAGAUGGCCAUUCUUGAGCUGAACUGCCACAACAGACAGCUUCUAGAGCUGGAUACACAAGGAAACAUCUUCCGUAGGUACCAGAAGGUCUUGAAAGACUUGAAGUUUGACAAAUUGAUGCUUCUGUUGGAGCUUGUAGGUAACAUGUUGGACUUGGCAUUCAACGCAAUCGAGCUCUACAGUCUCCGAGUGCCCAAAUGGUUGACGAGCAUCAUGAAUGUGGCCAGUAUGGCGAUGACUGUGUACCGUAUGAACAAGGACGACGAGUAUGUUGACGACGACAUAAGCGAGGACGUAUUCUAG